AUGAUGGUGACACAAUGGUUAAAGAAACUGUUUGUUGGUCCCAAGCAAGCUGCUGAAAUUGAUGGUGCUGAACGGGUUAUAGUGGAUUCGUCGGCAUUGCACUGUCCUAUCUGUCUCGGUAUAUUUGGAACUGCGCCGGUAAUUUUGCCUUGCGGUCAUUCCUUCUGUGGUACAUGUAUAAGGCGUCUCAUUGAAAAUGGCUCUCAUAUAUCGCAGGAUACACUUUUAUCUACAUAUGAAUGUGCGCUAUGCAAAGCUAAGUGCUCGUGUGACGCAAAACUUGUAAAAAAUUAUGUUGUAGAAGCUCUUCUACAGUCUGUAUGCGAAAUAGGAUUAAGUGAUCCGGUAGAUGUGGCGAGUAACACAAGGAUCUCGUUAGAAAGAUCUGUUAAAAUGGUUGCGGAACAUGAAAAGGAGAUCUAUAAACUUAAAAGACUUGUCGAAGAGGAAAGGAAGAAAAGUUUCAUGUACAUCUCUAUUAGUUUUUUGUUUGGUACUUUAUUGUCUUUGAUUUUUGCUGUUCAAGUACUGGAUUUUUUCCGUCUGCUGUGGUAG